ACUGUCAUCAAAGCUAACUGUCAGAACGAAGAGGAAGUCCUUCUUCUUCUUCUUCUACAUUUUCUUCCUCUGCUUGUUCUUGUUCUACUUUUUCUUCCUCUUCUUCUGUAGCUUGUUGUUAUUGUUGUUGUUUUUGUUCUUCUUGUUCUUCUUCCAUACCUGCAAACUUGCAGUGAGACGCGGAGAAAAGUGUGAAGUGGUGCUCUUCGCAAUAAAACAUCUUUGAUGGACGUGUCGCGUCUCGGCCAAUCAGCGUUCAGAUGUCGACAUCGUUUGGGAAGUUAGGUUAGCUUGAAUGUCAGCCCGCUACAUCUGCUGCUGUCACGCUGCACGGUGUAGCGAUGCUAACAAAAUACCCGUACGUUAAACACGAUGUGAUUUAGCAUAUUUUUAGUAUCGAUACUUCAUUAAGAGAGCGAUCAGAGCGCACGCGCUGCUCCGUGUCGAGCUGUCUGCGCACACUGCGCUGCGCAGCUCACAGCGAGAGAAGUGGCGCAGCUUUAGAGACUUCGGCUUAAAAAAUAAAAAGAUGCCAGAAGUGAAAUGUUUCAGUCUGUAAAGUUCUGUAACUCUACAGCUGCUCAUCCUGAUGAACUGUGGAUCAUCUGGUCAGAGACUAACGGCCUCAUAGUGUAUCAUCAAUGCCAUGAUGGAACCAUGUAGUUUCAUUCAUAUCUGGCUGUAUGAAUACUAAUAUUACUGUCAUUUGUUAAGUGUUGAAAAAGUUGGUAAAAAGUGAACCAUACAGAUGUUUUAUUUAUUACUAUUAUACAUAAAUAUACCAGUCUCGUAUUAAUGGUACCAUAUUGUUUUUAUGGUAUUGUAUUGAAUUCUGGUAUCGGGUAUCAUGAUAUUUAUGGCAGGUAUGUAAUAUGUAUAGAAGUUAUAAUAUGAGUAUCGUGACAAACAGGUAGAGACAGAACAGAUUCAGGGAGAAGUCCAUGAGGACUGUUCAGGCCCAAAAAAAAGUAAGUUGGUUCAUGAAUGACUUUAACCAUAUUAUAUAUAAUGACAAUGUAUAUUUGUUAUUACUAUCAUAGGGCUGAGUCAGAGCGGAGGACCUUUUGUUCUUAAACUGUUUAUUAUCAUUAUUUAGAUUUGUGGUCAGAACAAUAAAAUGACUAGUUGUGGUUCUAAAAGCUUUGAGGCUUCAAACAACGUGGAUGUGGUGUGGUGACAAAAGAAAGAAAAGAAAGUCACCUGCACCCCCCCCCCCCGUUGUCACCUUUUUCACCCCUCAUGAGUUUGCAGGCUGCGCUCUGUGCCGGCUUAGUGAGGACGACCCGGCCGUGUUGGGGGAGAAGAUCACACUGAAGGAGCACAAGCUCUCUGUGCACUACUUCUGUCUGCUGACGUCUUGUGGAGUGUACCAGCGAGGAGAGGAGGACGAGGGCGUCUUUGGUUUCCUGGUGGAAGACAUCAAACAGGAGAUCCGCCGCUCGGCUCGACUGGCGUGUGGCGGCUGUAAGAAGAAGGGCGCGUGUGUGGGCUGUAACGUGCGGAGUUGCAGGAGGAUGGUCCACUUCCCCUGCGGGAGGAGACGCGGCUUCCUGUCUCAGUUUGAGGGGCACUUCCCGUCCUACUGUCCAGACCACAGUCCCACCCAGUCUGUGGGGGGGCUGGACCUCAGUCUGCCUCAGUCCUGCUCGGUCUGUCUGGACGCCAUCGAUCCCGUCCUCAGCUUCUCGGUCCUCAAGUGUCCGUCCUGCCACGCCAGCUGGUUCCACCGGGACUGUGUGCAGCGUCAGGCCCACAGCUCCGGGCUCUUCUUCUUCAGGUGUACUCUCUGCAGCAACAAGCAGAGCUUCCAGCAGGAGAUGCUGCGGAUGGGAAUCUUCAUCCCAGAGAGAGAUGCAUCAUGGGAGUUGGAGGCAAACGCGUACUCAGAGCUGUUGGAGGUCUACGAGCGCUGCGACGCUCUCGUCUGCCUCUCCAGAGACGGGCGGUCGCACUCUGCCAAGACGGGCUGGUUUGAGGUGAUCCGUUGCCAGCUGUGUGGCUCCAGAGGAACUCACAGGAAGUGUUCUGUGUUAAAGUUGGACAGCAGAGUCUGGGCCUGCAGCGACUGCACGACAGCCACGAAUGGGAGAGCCUCCCUGAUUGCGUCUCCUCAAGGAGGUCAGAGGAGGAGUCUCCUCUCCAAGCGCCACACGUACCCCAUCCACUCCUCCAUCAGCUAUAAGAGACCAUACCUACCGGUUGGACCUGGGUCCCCUGAGGGGGUCUUGCAGGCUCUGGGCCCCCAGCGGUGUCCCAUCAGUGUGCAGGUGGAGGUGGCCGGGGACCAGGCCCUGUCUGCAGGGGUGGAGCUAGUCAGGAGGCCCGACUUCGACCCCUCCCUUACUCUGUCCGUCUGCUUCACAGACGACCAGCUGACUACAUUUCCCAGCAGCCUCCGGGACGGCGACGCGGCCCGGCAGUACUUCCUGAAGCUGCUGGUGCAGCAAAUCCAGGACUGUGUGGUGUUUGAGGGUCCAGACGGAUCCAAGAACCUGGCGCUGGACUCCCAAGCCCUGCGUGAGGACCUGUACUUCGACGUGGGCUGCCUGCUGGCCUUGUCUCUGGCUCAUGGUGGACCCCCCAUCAGCUUCUUCUCUGGCGCUCUCUACCAGUGUCUCUUCAACCACCCGGCCAACCGCCCGCUGGCCCUCAGUCACAUGACCCCCGACACGCCCGCCACCCUGCGGGUCACCCGGAUCGCGGAGGCGGAGUCUACGGACGAGCUGGUCUCGGUUGUGGCGGCGAGCCGGGAGUUCCUGGAGGUGGCCGGCUGCAACCGACCAAUCAGCAGCCUGGAGGAGAGAGAGGCUCUGGUGGAGGACCUGGUGGGCUUCACCCUGAUCACCAGGAUGCAGGAGCCACUGCAGAGGCUCCGUGAGGGUCUCCAGACUCUGGGGGUCUUUGAGCAGGUGCAGUUGUUGCCCUCGGCGUUCCUCGGGGUCUUCUGUGACAGUCUCCUGUCGGCUCAGCUGCUCUCGCAGGUCUUCAGGGUCCUCUUCUCCCAGCAGGAGAUCCGGCUGAGCAGAGAGACGCCUGUCUCCUCCUUCUGGAGACGCCUCCUGCUGGACUGUGGAGUUGGGAGGAGUUCUAUCUCCCUGCAGGACCUUCUUCGUUUUGCUACAGGAGCUGAGGAGCUCCCAGCAGCCGGCCUCCUCCCCCAUCCCUCCAUCUCCUUCCUCCACCCCAUGGAGAGAGGAGGAGGAGGAGGAGAGAGGGGGAGAGUCAGAAGGAGGAGGGACGAGGGUCUCUUCCCUCAGAGCGAGCCCGGCACCAACCUCCUACUCCUGCCCGUCUCCUCCUCCUACCAGGCUUUCAAAACCUCCAUGGAGCAGGCAGUCAGCCACCACGUGCACCUCCUGUCCCCAGCCAGCUAGAGGACAAGGAGAAGAAGGAGAAGAAGGAGAAGAAGGAGGAGGAAGAGGAGGAAGAGGAGGACUUUGUGAUGUUCAUGUUUUUCUACUCCCGUUUCUCAUCUUCUUCACCAAUGAUGAAGAUAUUUUCGGAGCUGUACAUAGUUUGUAUUUUGAUGAACACCGAGAGACAAUCACAGGCCAGAGUUUUGAUCUGAUCGCCUGGGAUGUUCAAAUAUAACCACAGAUAUACAUUUACAAAGUUAUUUAUUUAAAGUAGUGAGUACUGUUCACUGCUCAGCGCGGUCGUGUCCGUUGACUUGUUUGCUUGUUUUAAACUUGUCAUAAACACAAAUGAACUGCU